AAAGAAGGAAUGGAAAAGAAUGAAAAAAUUCUACUGGUUCAGUUGACCACGAUUUUCACCAGAGGAUUAAACGCCGAGCCAUCCGUGUUUCAGAGCCUAUUGACCGUUUCCUCAUCUUUCUCUCUGUUUAAGACAAUGUACAAGCCCGCCCUUGCCUUAAUUCACAAAUCCUUUUUAGGUUUGCUUAUUUAUUCACCAAAAUGAAUUAAUUCCCUUUUUCCUAAAUGUAGCACUUCUAUAAUUAUCUCUUUUCUUUUCUUGAUUUGUUCCAUAAUUUUCUCUUAAUUCUUCAACAUGAAGCUGCCCCCCAUUCUCUUUUUGUUUCUUCUAUUUUCUCUCUCAAUUUCCCACAUCCAUUUUCUUUUCCAUUCAUCAUUGCCAUGAUGACAAGUUUCAAUGAAGUCAUUUAUCUGACAAAACACACAGCUUGAGACACAGCCAUCACACCCCUUCUCUUGCUGCCAUUCUCAAUUUCUGGACUGGUUGUUGAAGGGUGUUAGUUCACUGCCUCAUUCAUGUCUUCAAAGCCUGUCACAAGUCCGGACUCAUUUGAGAUGAGCCAUGUUUCAUCAGAAGAUACCCAAUCUGGCCCGAAGAAAAAGGAAUCUGUUGCCAAGAAUGAUGCCAAUUCAGAUGAUUAUCUGCCUUUUGAUCCCAGAAAAGCAGAUCAGAUAGCAAAAAGUAAUAACAAUCAAACAUAUACCUCGCUGUCUGGACUCCAACAUGUGGAACCCCAUAAUAUGGAUCUUAUUUCUGAGGGCAUUACUGAUUCAGCUACUAAUCAUCACCCAUCUCCUAACCCAAGGGUACCUUCAAAUUCAGAACUCCCAACCAUUUCAGCAGGAAUGCCAACAAUUGCAGGGACAACAAAUUCAAAGUCAAAUGAUACUAGAAGUAUUAAUUCCUUCACUAACCAUGGCCAAGGUAUUGGCAACAGCUGUCUUAGUGACAGCCUAGAGAGCUCUAGUGCACCUCUCAAGCCACAUACUGGUGGUGAUGUACGGUGGGAUGCCAUUAAUAUGAUUUCAAAAGGUUCCUCACUCAAUCUUAGCCAUUUCCGGCUUCUCAAGCGCCUUGGCUAUGGAGAUAUAGGGAGUGUCUAUCUUGUUGAACUAAGAGGUACUAAAGCCUAUUUUGCUAUGAAGGUCAUGGACAAGGCCUCACUAGCUAGUAGAAACAAACUCCUGCGAGCACAGACAGAAAGGGAGAUACUUGGACUUCUUGACCACCCGUUCUUGCCUACUCUUUAUUCAUACUUUGAAACAGAUAAAUUCUGCUGCAUAGUUAUGGAGUUUUGUAGUGGAGGUAAUCUUCAUUCUCUUCGGCAAAAACAACCUAACAAGCAUUUUACUGAGGAAGCAGCACGGUUUUAUGCAUCAGAGAUACUGUUAGCUCUCGAGUAUCUGCACAUGCUAGGCAUUGUGUACAGGGAUUUGAAACCAGAAAAUGUCCUAGUACGAGAUGAGGGUCAUAUCAUGCUCUCGGAUUUUGACUUAUCACUCCGUUGCUCUGUUAAUCCUACACUCGUCAAGUCCUCAUCCAUUCAAGUAAACCAUUCUGGUGGUAGUGGUAGCGGUGGCAUUUUAGAUAAUGAAUUUGCAGUGCAUGGUUGUAUGCAGCCAUCAAAUUUUCUCCCACGCAUUUUACCAAGCAAGAAGAAUCGUAAAUCUAAAUCAGAUUUUGGCCUUUGUGUUGGUGGUUCCCUGCCUGAACUGAUGGCGGAGCCCACAAAUGUGCGCUCAAUGUCAUUCGUUGGGACACAUGAAUAUCUAGCCCCAGAGAUUAUUCGUGGUGAGGGUCAUGGUAGUGCGGUGGAUUGGUGGACAUUCGGCAUAUUCUUAUAUGAGCUGUUGCAUGGUACAACCCCCUUCAAGGGCUCAGGAAACCGUGCCACACUCUUCAAUGUGGUAGGGCAGCCACUGAGAUUCCCAGAGACACCGCAAGUGAGUUUUGUUGCACGUGAUCUUAUACGAGGACUUCUGGUGAAAGAACCACAUAAGCGAAUUGCAUAUAAGAGGGGUGCUACAGAAAUCAAACAGCAUCCAUUUUUUGAAGGAGUGAACUGGGCUCUUGUGAGGAGUGGUAUACCUCCACAUGUACCUGAACCUGUAGACUUCUCACAGUAUGCUAGCAAGGAGGCAGCCCCUGCAAACAAGAAGAAGACUCCAGAAAUCAAAACAACUGAUAAAAACAACUCUACUUCUGAUGAUUCUUCUUACAUAGAUUUUGAGUACUUUUAAUGGAUGAGGAUUGAGGAUGACUAUACUAUACCUAUACAUAUUUUGUAGAAAUAGCAACAAGUUGCAACGAAUGAGCCUGAUUUGAUGAUCUAUCAAAAGAGGGUUUUUGUUGACAGAUUUCCAUUCCAUCUCUUUACAGGUAAAGGAGCAAUAAGAAAAAAAUAAAAAAAAGAAAAGAAAGGGAAAAAAAAACCCGUUCCUUGGGGUCUGUUGUCUGUAUACAUAAUGUGAAUUUUGUAUUUGAUGUUAGUUUAUAUGUUAGCAAGGAUUUGUAUUGAUCAAAGUCCAUUGUACAUUGAUGUAUCCCAUUACAAGGUUAUAUACAUACCUACAUGCAUACAUGGAAACAAUAUUUGCAAGCAUGCCAA